UUCGUGGGAUUCAGUGUAAGCGAUGUUUCAUCAACUGUUAUUAUUAAUCCACAAAGUAACAAUGCACAACAUUAAUGCCUCGAAAGUGCGUUAAUACCGCGGACAAUUUUCACUAUUUUUGUGGGGAUGUGACAUUUGCCAGCCAGAAGAAAAGGAUCACUUCUCAAGUGAAGAAGUCAAAUCAUCUUUGUUUCGGAUACAACAAUGGCGACCAGCACCAGCCGUGGGUCCAACAUGUAUGUUGUGUUACACGUGUAACACAGCUUUCACAGUGGUUGCAUGGCGACAGACCAUCAAUGCCGUUGACAGUCCCCAUAGUGUGGAGAAAGUCAAGCAACCACACAAGUGACAGUUACUUCUGCUUGGUUCCUCCUCUUUCCUGCGGGAUAACGAAGCAGAAGUGGAGACUAGUCUACCCCAACAUUCCGUCUGCAUGGAGACCAGCUCCACAUGGUGAGGGACUUCCUGUUCCAGAACCUCCAGCAAACCAUUCUCUUGCUUUAGCUGAUGAUGACUUGAUUGUUUACAGACUGGGCUCUCUGCAAAGCGCGCGGUUCCUGGAACUGGGCUACAUGAUGUUGACGGAGGGUGAGCCGAAUGAGAAGGUGCCGCGACUGUCCAGCACCCCGACUCUCCCUCCAGACGCCUCUGGCCACGAGGGCGCUGGGCACGGCAGCGGCGGCGACUCAACAGGAGGCGACGACCUUCUCCUCCCUGCCGACAACAUGCCGGCCUUUCCGGAUCGCGGCGGGCCUCCGCCUCUGACCACCCACCACCAACACGGGGGACAAGGAGGCUCGGACGCGGACCUUUGUGAGAGCCCUGAUGGCUCCAACCUGAGCGGCGGUGAAGGUAAAGCCUAUGGCAGCGACGGAGGAAAGUCUUAUGGCGGCAGCUGCUCGCGAAAGCAGCGCGAAUUCAUUCCAGAUAAUCGCAAGGACGAGCAGUACUGGGAGAAGCGUCGGAAGAAUAACGAGGCAGCGCGGCGUUCGCGCGAGAAGCGGCGACUGCACGACAUGGUGCUUGAGAACCGCAUCGUGGCCCUCGAGCAGGAGAAUGGGCGCCUCCGUGGCGAGCUGGUGAUGCUUAAAAAGCGCUUCGGGCUGCCCACGGAUCGCCCCUUUACGGACGGCAGCGAGGCGGCCCCUCCUGGACUGGACGGUAGCCUCCCAGAGCGAGCACGCCGCUCUCCUUCUCCUGUCGCACACCACGUGAAGAACAGCAACAACAGCACGGGGGUGGGGUGGGUCCCUACUCCUCACCUCCACCUUUGCUACCAGAGGAAGACACUUUCGGGGGGAACAAAGGAGACGGCUGUUACUCUGAAGAGCCGCUGCGGGACGGGGGGAGACUCCCGCGAUGCCGACUCCGGGCGCGAGGGAGAGUACGGCGACCACGCCUACCCCGGGGACCGUAGCUCCGGGGACUCGAACCACGGCCGCUACAGCAACGAGUUGGGAAGUUCCCCGCAAGCAUCACUUCCGGUCAAGCUGCGUCACAAACACCCUCUUGACGUGCAUGGAGCAUUCCCUCCAAACCUGGGAAACCACUCCGCUUCGUCCUACACUCCUCCUUCCCACUCCUUCGUCAGUGGUCUGGCGCAGCUGUCCGAGAUUGCACUGGCCCAGGCCUCGCCGCUGUCACUGGUCAAGAAGGAGCCGCUGGAUUGGGUGGGCCGUGGGGCGGGCAAGGACGGUCACAACCAUGCUGGCGGCACCCGCACCCCAACAGACCUGAAACACCUGGAUCCGAAGUACCUGGAGCGGCGGCGGCGCAACAACGAGGCAGCUCGUAAAUGCCGAGAGAACCGAAAGAACCUGACGCGCAUGCGCGAAGCCAAGUCAGAUUACCUGGAGUCGGAGAACAACAAGUUGCGCACGGAACUGGAGUCGCUGCAGGAGGAAAUGAAACAGCUGCGGGAGCUUGCUGGACAAGAAGCGACUGGAGCAAGGGCUGAACAAGGGUAGCGCUACGGCCGCACAGCAGGCAUUCUCCGAACAGCAUCAGAAGCAGUUGGAGCAGCUGAGGCAGCUAGAGGACGAGCACCGGCGCCUGGAGCGUGAGCAACGACACCAGCAGCAACGCCUCCUACAGCAGCAGAGGCAGCUCCAACAGCAGCAAGAGGACGGAGACGAACAGAACGAGUUUCUGGACGAGAACGACUGCGCGGAUUGAGUGAGGGUCACCAUUGGAGGACGAACUUUUUCUGUAAACUACAUCGAGACCAGGAAAGGAUGGAGGGGAGAGGAAUAAGGAUUUGGUGAGGAAGAUGUCUCAGCAAGUGAAGACAAGACAGAAAGCAAGAGGAGAAUAGGUUGUAAAGGUUUGGACUAUUGGAAGACAAAAAUGUUGAGGAGUAGAAGAUAAAGUCUGUAGAGUUCCAGGUAGAACGAGUGUCUCUCCUAACGGGGACGUGUCAACACAAAAUUCCAUGGACCUGUUGCAAAGCAGGAGGCUUUUGGAUCUCCCGUGUAGGGACUGGCCGCGCCACCUGGUGGGGGUUUGUUGACCGAUGUCCUGGGCGCCUUGCAGCUCGCGGCAUCGAACUUUGCAGAAGAUCUGUUCUGAGAAACCUCGUCUUUGGACAUUUUUCCCCUUCUUUUUUUAUGAAGAACUCCACACUACCACUGCUAGUGGAGGCGCACGACGAACGAAUGACUAUUUUUGUACUGUCUGACAUUUGAUAUCCUCAUCAUCAUAUCUAGCGUUCAGAUACCACUGUUAGCUAGGAGUAUGAAUUCGAGCCACGUACCUCAUGAAACAAUCUGCUGCACCGUCAAUGGUCCUUGCACUCAAGACUUGUUUUUUCUUCAUUUUUUUUUUUUGUAACAAAUUUUUCUGGGUUUUCCCGAAAUGUGUUUUUUUUCAUGCAAAGGAAGCAAACUUUUAUUUACACAUCCACGUUACCUUGUCCAUUCACCUGCAACCUGUACAUAAUUGGGAUGUUGUUGUCGUUGGAGAGAGUGGAAGGGACCUAUGACCUCAUCGAGUUGCUUGUCAGAAUCGCAGAAUCUUCUCAUAUGUUGUUUCCGAAAUCCUGUUUUGUGGUCGAGUGUGUGUUAAAAAAAACAACAACCUCGUAACAUCAUUUUUUUUUUUUAGUCCUUUUCUUCCCAAUGGCCGGAGGGCCGGAAGUAAGGGUACCAGAUUCUGCUUUGCUUCAAAACACGUGACCUCAGAAAUAUGUUGGAAAUGGUAUAUCAUGUACCUAUUUUGUUUUUCUUAUUUGUGUUACUGUUGAAACAUAUUACUAUUUACUCGUUUAAUGGUAUUUUUUGUGUAAUUUUUUGACGCACACAUAUUUCGACAUAAUUUCAUCUACUGCUCUCCCUUCCCAUCUCGAUGCACAAGCAACAGUCGGGUACAUAGUCACAUCUCACGCACCUGUAGAUACAUACAUCUUUUGGAAUGUUUGUUGAAAAGUUUAUUUGAUAGGCAAAUGUCGUUCCAGGAAGCAGAAUGUGUGGGAAUCUCUGAUGGGGUGACUUUUCCCUCCUCUUACCACCUCACCACCUCCGCAAAUGUCACACCGUGCAUGCAUGCAGUCAGUUUUGCCACAUUCGUAUCUUCCCUGGACCAGCAGGUCGUGCUCUGAUGAGUUCUCUUCUCUUGUGGCGGCCCCGUCAGGUAUUUGUCACCGACACAUCCUGGAUAAAAUGUCUUUGGUUCAGAUCUCGUUUCGGAUAUGCUUCUUCUUUACUCCGUGCCCAAACCACUGGUCUCCCUCCUUCUGGUUUUUUAAUGUCUUUUUUUUUAGCUUUGUAAUUUUCCAACUUCUGUCUUUGACACUUUUCCAUAGCUCCGAGGACUGGACGAUCCCACCACCUUCUCUGAUUAAGAUGGACACAGGGGCCUGACUCCUUGUAUUUCUCCGUCUGAAGGUUGCACGGUGAAGGGCGAGAAGUUUUCCCUCAAUACUGAGUUAUUCCACGCCUGACUUGUCUGAACUUUGACACAUUUCUUGGCUGAUACGACAGUCGAGACUUGCAAAGCAAGGUCUCUUGUAAAGCUACCUCCUCACUUUUUUCUCAACUCUCCUUGUUGUGAGGACGGCCGUGCGGUGUGAAUGAACAACGGAACUCGCGGUACUUAGCUAAGUCAGGGCUCGCACUUCUGUGCGCGUGUGGUCAGGCGCUCGGUGAUCGACUUUAUUUGAAUUUUUGCUUUUGGACUAUUUAUCAUUGUGCCUAAAAACUGUGGUAGUGUGUUACUGUGAGAUUGCCAUAGAGGAAACAUGCGAUGACAUUUUGCGACCUGCAUGAAAGUUGUUUUGGCUCCUGUGGUCACGUGGUUGCCGUAUGGUUUGGUACCUCCCCCCUUCUUUUAUUUUUAUCGUCUAUUCUUCUAUUUUCUGUAUGACACUAAUGCAUUGUUGUUCCAUGAAGCAGUCCUUUCUCCCAACUUUUCCCCUACUAUUUUUUUUGACGGAUGCUAGACUCUGAUUCUUAAAAAAAACCCAAAAAACUUGAAAAUUCAGUUUUGUGAAAGUAAACCGGAUGCUUUUAAAGCUUUUUGAUAUUAGUUGUUCAAUACGUGAUGAUUCUUUAAAACACUCCAGUCUUAACCAUCCAUCGCCCUCCAAACUGCCGUGUUCACUUGUAGGUGUUCACACUGUAUCGCCAUGCACCUCAAUCAUCGCUUUGGCGGAAGGGGAAAUAAUCUAACCCUUGGCUAAAGGAGUAAAGGGAGGAUAACUUAAGCUGGGCGAUAACAGCAGUUAAAGAUUUGUUCUUUUUUUUCCUGAUGUAGCUCGGGAAGCUGAGUCUUUGGAGGAAUGAUGAUUUUGUGACAAUCGUCAGCAACAGCAGCAACUCGUAGCAAUGUCGUGGGAGGGGGCGGUGAUGUAGGACUCCUAACAGUGUUUGAUUUUUUUUUAUAAAAUAACAGUUUUUCUCUUUUUCUCGCUUGCUGUUAAAAGACACAUUUUAUCUCCCCACUGCCUCGGAGUGAAGAGUAAAAGCAACAAAACGGGUACUUAAUAAAUCCUGCACGUUCCUGACAGAUGGGUGACGCGUUCCCGCUAUACAUAUAUAGAUAAUUAUACGUAUAUACACAUAUAUUUACAAUGUAAUUGUACUGUCGGCUCAUCUCGCUCGUGUUGCCGUUAAAUAUGGACGACAGCUGCUGUACAUCGCCUUCAUACCUAGCGCAGUAGCAGUGUACAGGUGUGAACUGUGGGUGUCUGGUGCGUGUGCAGUGUAACAACACGUGACUUGGUUAUUUUCUCCACCACCUACUCUGUUUUUGUUUAGCUUGAAUGAGGGAAAGGGGUUGACAUUAGAAAUUGUGGUGUAUGCCUGCUUUUAUGACUAGGGGUAGACAGUGUUGCGGUGUGCAGCUGGAUAUGCUGGGAUGUGCAGCUGGAUAGCGUUAGGAGCUGUAACAAAAUUACCGAAGUUGUAACGAAUUUUUCAUUGAUGUCAGUGUUUGUGGCAAAUGGUUCAAGACCAACUGUUUGUAGAGGUUAUACCGACUGGGGAGAGGGGAUUGUUGUGAGAUGAAAACGUUACAACGGUCAGUGUGUAUGUGUGUGUGUGAGAGAGAGAGACUACGGUUUAUUUCCCUUUUUCUCUCAUUCCGUCUGUUUGGAGCAGGGAUCAUUUGCUGUGUAAGAAGCGCGUGCAGGCAUUUAUUUAUGUUUUGUUCGCCUCCAGUGAAUAAGAAAAAAACAAAACAAGGAAAAGACCGAGAAAUGCGGAUAUAAGUGUAUGACGGGUACAGAAAACAAAAAGUAAAUUUGAUAAACAGAAAACGGAUCCAGCAUAUCUCGCAUUCAGCUGUUCGUGUGUACAUCGUGUUUACAGGACAGCGACUGGGAAACAUGGUUGUGUGCUUGUUCAGUACAUCCGUCACUCAUUUCAGACAUGUACCUCGCUGUUCAUCAGUCGCAGAGCCAUUAGUAUGUAGAUAUACCACCACAAUGUAUCUUGUUACAUAUCACGCUGUAGCACGUGCACGUACGUACACCACAGGCAGCACAGGCUGGGAUUUGUGGGGUACGGGUGGCAGAAGCUACCCCAAGUGUAGUGGACUCCCUUUUGGGGGAAAGUGGUCCACUAGUGCGCGCAGGCAGGGGUCGCUAAGGUUGCCACGUCACCAACGCACCCAGCCUGUCAUGUUUGUUCACGUUUGACCUUUGAACCUCAUUCCUCUCACGACAAGGGAUGGGUAGGGCUACCUCAGGUUUGUUCCGUCUCAUGAACAGAUGAAACAAUUCAAUUCCUCGCGAUUAAGCUGUGUCUUCAACACGUAAUACCUCCAAACCCUAUUUUUCAAAUAUUUGUUUUUAUGAAAAUUUUUGUGAAAAAAAAAAACCGGGGGAAAACAGAAAAUUUUGUGAAUCAUGUUGUUUUUUUGUCUUUUACUGGUAUUUUUUUGUGGGUCCUCUUGCCAUCGAUUGUCCAUUUCUUUUACUCCCAACCACCACCAACCCCGAGUCCUUUUUCCAAGUAUUUCCGCGUCUUUGAUAUUUUUGUUGUUAUGCGAGUCUGUCGUUCAGUCUCGUGAUAACAACGACUUGCCAUGACUGUGCUGACGAGGGAUGAUGGGAACAUGUAUUAACAUUCAUUACUGCGAUGUGUAGCACCAGACUGCAUGCAUGGACAUGUUUUGUUUGUCGUGUUGGCUGUCUGUUCAAGGUCAUCCUAACGUUUGUCGGUUAAGGAAACGAUGACGUCACGCCAGCCUGGCGUCGUCAUCGUCUCACGGGAGUGAGGUCAGAACACUCUCAGGGACUGCGUCACCGAUCUACCUCUAGUGUUGUGCAGGUGAAAACGUGUGGGGAGGUGGACACGUUAACGAGUUCAGCAACGUCCUCACUGUUAAUAAUCUACAGUAAUGUUUUUUUCUGUUUUUUUUUCGGGGGGAAAAUUAAACUAUUUUUGUCUGCUCAUAGCA